CUUGGAGACGUAGUCCCAGAAAGCAUCUUUCACCAUGUCGACCCGCCGCUCGGGCUGGUUUUGCCACAAAAUAUUGGCAUUGCAACCUGCUGAAAGCCCGGAGGCGACGAAGCAUUUAUUGUCACAUCUUGUUCCAACUUUUUACAAGUUGAGUUUCACCUAAAUCAGCAAACCUUACCAGUGAAAACAGCGAGGGCGAGCACCAGGAGGACCUUCAUGGCUGACACUGCAGCUUAAAAACAAGCAUGCAAAAUUAGCUUUUUGUUGUUAUUUAUCUCGCAACCUGCAAAGUGACAUCCUCUUACUGCUGUCUUACCUGUGUGGAUGAGCUGGCUGUUUGGUCAGGGAGCUGCUGAGUACAGAGAGUGUGUUCUGCACUGCUCAUGGCUGAGUAUAUAAAGGCUGCUGAGUCCUGUAGAGGAGACACAGGAGUAAAGUCCACCGCUGAGUGAUGCUGUCACUACUGCUUCCACAUCACAACAGUGCCAACAGUGGAAAAUCAGGGAGGACAUCACCACUACCUGAUAAAACCCUCAUGUACAUUAUACAUUAUGCAGACAGCUUUCAGAGUAAAGAUUUCGCUCAGGAUGAAAAAGGCGAUGACACUUAAAUUAUGACGUGGAAUGAGAGUAGUGACAAGAAUCCGUCCAGCAGGGCAACCGGAGAAGGACUUUACCCUUCAAUAUGGCUAUAUAGACUCUGAACGGCCGUCUGCACAACACAAGUCAUCAGACACAGAGUGAGGAAGAGACACCUCUGCAAGAGUCAAAUUCCAUCAUGAAGGUACUUGUGGUUCUCGCACUUUUCUCUGUUUGCAAUGCCAACAUCCUGUGGCAGGAGCCGCCCAAGACCAGUCUGGACAUUGUGAAAAAUGCUUUUUGGGACUACGUUGCUAAGGCAACACAAACGGCCGAAGACUCCCUGACCCAGAUCAGACAGUCUGAGCUGGGACAGGAAGUGAAUGCCAGGAUCUCUCAGAGCGCCGACACAGUGAAUCAGUACGUCGCUGCUCUGCAAACUCAGGUGGCUCCUCUGACGCAGGACUUCAUGAAUCAGUUUUCCCAGCAGGCUGAGCAGCUGAAGGCACGCCUGGAGAAGGAUCUGACCACCGUGAGCACUAACCUCCAGCCCUACGCUGAGGAGAUGGUGGCGCACGUCCAGAGGCAGGUGGAGGAGCUGAAGAAGGAGGCGGCCCCCUACGCUGAGGCCAUGGAUCCCGAGGCCCUGAAGGCCGUCCUGCUACAGAAGAGCCAGGAGCUGAGGGGGCAGCUGGAUAAUCGCGUGAAUGAGCUGCAGGCCCAGAUGGUUCCCUACACCGAGGAGAUGAAGGAGAAGAUGGAGCAGAGCCUGGAGGAGUUUCAGAGGAGCAUGAUCCCCUUGGCCCAGAGCUUUGAGACCCAGCUGACCCAGAAAACCCAGGAGAUCCAGCAGAACCUGGCUCCAUACGGAGAGGAGCUGAAGUCCAAGCUGGACGCCAGCGCUCAGGACCUGCAGGCUCAGCUGGCUGUUCUGUUGGAGAGUUUCACCAAGAAGACCCAGUAAAUGGGAUCCACCAUCAGCCUCCACACACCAAAUAUUUAA